AUGGCUAUUUCAAGUAAGUUAGGAUUUCCUGAUUUAUUUUUAACAUUUACCUGCAACCCUACUUGGCCUGAGAUUACACGAUUAUUGUCCCCCAAGAAUUUGAAGGCACAUGAUCUCCCUGAUAUUAUUUCUAAACUCUUCAAAAUCAAAUUUGUUGAACUCAUGAAUGAUAUAACAAAACAACAUGUACUUGGAAAGUUAUGUAUACGAUUAAGUUUCAAACAAAAGAAGAAGAUCCAAGCACACAUUAUUCACAAAAAUGGUAUUCAAUUGGACAAUCGAAUUACUGCAAGCGUAAUUAGUUCUAAAGGAGCAUCAUCGCAUGAUACUUACCAUGUUAAUGAGGCCAAACAAUAUCUAUAUUGUAGAUAUGUUUCUCCAAGUGAAGCAUAUUGGAGAUUUUUUUCUUACAAGAUUCAUGGAAGGAAGACAGUUGUCAAACAUAUGUUUUUCCAUCUUAUUGGUGAUAAAGUUGUGUACUACUUAGAUUUUGACCGAAUGGAAAAUGUUUUAGAAAAAGAAAAUGUUACUGAAUCUAUGUUCACUUGUUGGUUAGUUACAAAUGGGAAAUAUGAAGAGGCCAAAGAAUUAACAUAUGAUCAAUUUGCCACCAAGUUUGUUUAUGAAAAGAGAAAAAUAAUAUGGAAGCCGCAAAAGAGAGGCUUUACCUCCGCCUGA